UACGGCCAGUAUUUUUUAAAUACAAUUAUUAAAGAUAAUGUAUGUAUUUGAUUGGAGGUAUUAAAAUUAUUGAAAUUAAUUCUGUCAUCUGGAUUAUGUUUAUCUUCCUAUUUAUGUAUUUAUCAAAUUCUGUUCCAUAACGUAUCCCAUAUAAGCCUUUUUUCUUCAGAAGCAUAAUUUUUACUUAGUGUCUUCUGGCAAACUUCUUAAUAUUUACUUAUUCAAUUAAACUAGUUUUUUUAAAGUUUACUUUUUAGAUAAUCUUUUUCUGUUUUUUAUGGUUUCAGGCUUAAAUGAUGUCAGCAACUGAGUACAGUAUUGGUGUUGUGAAGAACAGGUUUGCUUUGAAUGGUAUUGAAGAGGAAGAAAUCGACCCGUUGGAGUUGUUAAAGCGCCGAGAAUUGGAAACAGAAGCAAAAAAGAAAUCUAAGAUUUGUGAGAAAGUGACUAAAGCCAAAGAUUCCUCAAAAAAUAAAUCCAAUAAAAUCAUAAAAGAAUCAAACAAAGGUGAAGUUGUAUCUCACAAAGAUAAGGAUAUUAUUAAAUCUAAGCAAAAGGAUACUGAGGUAAUUAAGAAGCAUGUUACUAUUGUAGAGAAUAUCAACAAGCAUUAUUCAGACAAUGCUUCAAAUUACCACCAAUAUGAUGAUGAUUUUGGAGAGAAAGAGAAAAAGGAUUAUAAUACAGGUGCUGGCUUUGAGGGCGAAUCAUUAGAAAAAGGAAGAAGUGCUAGAAGAGGUUUACCACGUGGUGUUUUUGUUCGAGGUGGUGGUGCAAGAGGAGGUGGUUGGAAAGGAUCCCAACGGACCACCUUCGAUAUCAGGGGAAAAAGAGAAUAUGAUAGGCAGUCUGGUUCUGACAAAACUGGCAUUAAGUCCAUAGACAAACGUGAUGGAUCUGGUGCUCAUAAUUGGGGAAACCCACGGGAUGAUAUUGAAAAUUUAAAGACUCCUUAUUCAGCUGAAGAUUCAUGGAAUUCAGAAAAGGUUGAUGAAGAACCUCCUAUUGAAACUAAUGAAACAAGUAAUGAGGAAGAAGUCAUUACAAGUACUACAACUAACAUAGAGGAAGGAGAAGAGGAAGAAGAAGAGAAAAAAGAAUUAACAUUAGAUGAGUGGAAGGCAUUGAAAACCCCACGUAAACAACCGACUUAUAAUAUUCGGAAAGCUGGAGAAGGUGAAGAUUUGUCUCAGUGGAAGAAAAUGUAUGCACUCGAAAAGAAAAAAGAUAAUGAAGGAGAAGAAUAUGAAUAUGAGUUAGGCGAAUACCCACAAAGAGUUGGUAGGCAGAAAAUUAUAGAAAUCGAUAUUCGUUUCAAGGAUACAAGAAACGUAGGUAGUGGAAGAGGUCGUGGGAUUGGGCGUGGUGCUGCAGCUGUUCAGUCAGGUCGUGGUUCUUACUCUCCAUUUCAAAGUACUACAGCAAAUAACCGCACUUUGAUUGACAUCCCGAAAGUAUAUGAUGAAAGAGAUUUUCCAUCUCUUGCUUAA